UCAGACAGGAUGGGGUCGGCCGGCACAGAACUCCACACCUGCUCAGAGAGAGAGGACAAAGAUCUCAUGAUGUCCACAGCCGCUUGUGUGCCCUCUGGCUAAUGCCUGGCUGACUGACCUGGAAGACCUCCACACUCUGAGCGGAGAAGUUGUAGGUCUUGACGCCACAGAGGCUCGCCUCCUUGCUGGUGAUGGUCUUGCCCACAAAUUUCCAGCUCCUUCUUCUCCACCCACUGACGGCAGUUGAGAAGGUCGUCAGUCGGGCCGUACUCGCCAUCCCCCAACCACAGGCGGCCGCCAGCGAUGCACACCUUGCCCCAGGGCUUACCCUCCUCGUCCGUCACCCCCCCCUGUGUGCCCGCCACCCACACGGCCUGCUGGUCCUGUGGCAGGUCGAUCUUGGUGAUGCCCUCCUCGAACGCACCACAUACCGAAAACAGCGACACGGGGCACCGGAAGCGCAGCUGAGAUGCUGGGUCGGCUAGCAGGUGCAGUUUGGUGUCGGCGAAGGCUGCGAUGGUGUUGGUGUCGUCGCACUUGAUGACGAAGAGGAGGCCGCGGCGCCCCACCACACGCUGCGCCAGACUCGCAUACGACGAACCGUGCAGCGAACUCCUGACGCACACGGACACGACACACAGAUGCAUAGAGAAUGGCGCGAUGCCCUUCGUUUGUCUGUUCUCACUUGUAGAGGCAGGUUGUGUUGGGUUGUUUCUUGCCGAUCAUGAUGAGGAGGGUCUGCAUGACGUCGUUGGCGAGGAUGUUGGGGUACAUGGCCUCGAGGACGCCGUACAUCUCACUCACACGCACCAGCUCAUCCUGGUUGGCACACGUGGGCGGCGGGACGACGGCGCCUUCGGGGGAGAGGCGACACCGACGAGCGAAGUCGACGAUCCUGAACAAACCAACAGACGAAUAGAUGCGCUCUGUUGCUGCCUGUGGUGGUUGUCUGGGCGCUCACAGGUCGACGUGGUGCGCAGACACAUCGACAAUGGGAGUGGCGCCAUACCUGCACACGUGACACAGAGAAGAAGGACAUCCAAUGAUUACAGCGUCCCGAUUUCCCCGUUUGUGCUUGCCUGUCUUCUCACUUGGUGAAUCGGUCGUUGAGUGUGUCGAAGUCGGCCAGCGUGGCAUCGGUGGUCGCCACUGUGCGGCCGUCCACAGUCACAGUGAGCACCUCCGCCCCUCCCCUGCCGCCCCGAACGGCCAACGACUUGAUGAAGACGCCCAUCUUGUCAAUGAAGCUGCGGAAUGCCGGUUGGCUCUCGCUGUCCUCAGUCGGUUUGUCGAUGGCGAUGGGCGACUCGGCGAAGAAUAUGUCGUGGUAGAAGGGGAUGGGCUGCACGGCGUCGAAGAUCUUGAUCUCGUCGACCCAGCCAUGCUUCAAACGGUAGAGCUUCUCACACAACCUGACACACACACAACCAACACACACACAGAUGGACAUGCAGCCAGCAGUGAGUCAAUGAGUGAGUGUCAUUGACUGCAUGCUCCCAUAGUCCCUCACCAGAGGAAGUAUAGAGGGUCUGCGUCGAUGAACAGAAUACCGUCGGCAUCUUGGAGCAUCCAGUCGUCGAACCGGUGCAGCAGCACCGCCACACACGUGCCACGCAGCCCCUCGCGCAGCAGCACGCCACUCGGGAAGGCCAUGGUAAAGCCGCCCACGUUGAUAUUCAUCACGCCGCCGCUCAUGCUGCCUCCUGCGUCCUCGCUGCUCGUCGACGAGGACACUUGCAUGCGGUCACAGAAAUCGAUGAAUCACGGAACGCUUUCGCGUGCUGGUGGUGUUGCCCAUGCAGAGGGCACCACAGGCGGCAGAUCUUACGGAG